AUGUCAUUAAUAUACAUUUUCUACCUCAACCCAGCAAGUAAUGUACUGUACCGUUGCUUUAAAUUGAUACUUGGAACCAUGCCUCUCUGGAUAUUGUCCUCAGACAGUGAGACCUGUUAUUUCACUAGGUGGGACCAGACCAGUACUGCAGAGUCAGUUGCUGACAGGCUUUGUGUCCUGGGACUCCUGAUGGGAGUGGAAGUUGUUCUUUUAUUGUCGCUGGUGGCCCCGUGUUGGUGGCAACACUGCGAAACCAAGAGAAGCCACGAGCUGUGCAUGCAUGCCAGUGAGAUUGAGGAUGAGAACAUGCAGAUCAUAGUUGUGGGGAGGAGGGUAAAGUGGAGUCAGCACCUCUCUGUCUACAUGGCCAAUCAAAUGAAGGCAGACAUGAGGAAGAAGAGGCAGCUGAGCUCCUGUGAAGAUCUGCAGCUGAUGUCCAAUGGACUGAGCAAUGAUGAAGAGCGCUCCAUCUCACCAUGGGCAUACACGCUCAACAUUGAUGAAGACAGGUACCCCAAAGUACUGGCUUUUGCUGAAUGUCUUUGCGCCGGUUGUAUUAGUGAGGUCACAGGGAGGGAAAUGACCAGCCUCAACUCACUGCUGCUAACACAGAGGAUGAUGGUCCUGCGUCGGAGACCCUGCUUCAGCAACCCCAACCUCUCAGCAUUUUAUGUGGACUACAUCAGCGUGCCUGUAGGCUGCACAUGUGUUCGACCCCGCACAUACCACUUUUGAAACUGUCUUUAUUCCACUUGGUGGUGUAGGAUAUCUGAGUAGCAAUUUAGAAUAUUGUUAUACUAGUGGGGUCUAGUGUAUGUGAAUAUCUCCUGUGUUUGUAUUGUCAACUGUAUGUAUUGGUUGUGUUUUAUGUAUUGAAACCCCCAAGCACUCCCUCCUCUGUCUCUGAAAUUGUUACAUUUGUGUGGCGGGAAGGAGCCUUGUUAUAUAAACUCGGAGCGGGAGUAUUGGCGCGCUCUGAUUCCCAGCUGCGUUAGGGUGAGGUACUGUACUGCGGGACUGUGCUGCGGUAUGAGUGUACUACACGGAGGGCCUUGCAGUGCUGAAUACAACCUCUGUACUGUUACAUUGUUUUCUUAAUAAACGGUUGGUUUCAGUUAAA